UUAUUAGAGCCCUCUGAGCAUGGAUGACUGAAGCAGAUCAGCUCCAGGAACUACUUGUGAGAGGAGCAUGUGCUAAACUUCAGUGUGGGGGAGAAAGCUUUCACUCACUUUCGUGGUUGAUCAACAGGAAGAAGGCUUCACCACUUUGUCUGCACUGAUCCAACAGGAUGAUUUGGAUACUUCAGUUCUUGUUUUCACCACUCCCGACUCCUGCUUUGAUUGGUCUUGUUACUUUCGGAACAACAGUCUUCCUAUGGCUGAUAACCAAACCAAAACCAAUUGCGGCUCCCGUUGACUUGAAGAAGCAGUCGGUUGGCACUGAGGGAGGAGCUAGAAGAAGUGCUCUUAUGCCUGAUGGCAAGCUUCUUUCUUAUUACCACGAGGAUGCACGGACCUUAUAUGAAAGUUUCAGAAGAGGACGAUACGUCUCAGAAAAUGGCCCUUGCUUAGGAUACAGAAAACCAAAGAAACCUUUUCAGUGGCUGUCUUACCAACAGGUGCUGGACAGAGCUGAACACCUGGGAUCAGGUCUUCUACACAAAGGAUGUAAACCCUCAGGGGAUCAGUUCAUUGGCAUCUUUGCUCAGAAUAGACCAGAGUGGGUGAUCUCUGAGCUUGCCUGCUACACUUACUCAAUGGUUGCAGUUCCCCUUUAUGACACUCUGGGACCUGAUGCAAUUGUGUACGUUAUUAACAAAGCUGACAUUGCUACAGUGAUAUGUGACAAACCCGAGAAAGCACAAGUGAUACUUGAGAACUGUGAACAAAAGAAGACACCAGGACUGAAGAUGAUAAUUCUGAUGGAUCCUUUUGAUGGCACAUUAAAGGAAAAAGGAGCUUCCCUGGGAGUUGAAAUCUUUUCAUUACAAGAAAUUGAGAUGCUAGGAAAACACAACUUCAGCAGACCAGUUCCUCCCAAGCCAGAAGAUCUUGCCAUAGUCUGUUUCACCAGCGGAACAACAGGUAACCCUAAAGGAGCCAUGCUAACACAUGAAAGUAUUGUUGCCAAUGCUGCUGCGUUCAUGAAGACUAUAGAAAUGACAAGUCCUUGUGUGCCAUCGGAUGUAUCGCUGUCAUACCUUCCUCUAGCUCACAUGUUUGAGAGAGUAGUGCAGACCGUAAUGUACAGCAAUGGAGCAAAAGUGGGGUUCUUCCAAGGAGAUAUUAGAUUUCUAACUGAUGACAUGAAAACUUUGAAGCCGACUAUCUUCCCAGUGGUGCCAAGACUGCUCAACAGGAUCUAUGACAAGAUUCAAAGUGGUGCCCAAACAAACCUCAAGCAGUUAUUGCUCAAAGUUGCUGUAGCCAGGAAGCAUGCUGAAGUGAAGCAAGGCAUUAUCCGAAACACCAGCAUCUGGGACAAGCUAGUCUUCAAUAAAGUUCAGGAAAUCUUGGGUGGGAAGGUGCGAAUCGUAGUCACUGGAGCUGCCCCCAUAUCUUCACCUGUCCUAACGUUCCUCAGAGCAGCCUUUGGGUGUCAGAUCUUUGAAGCAUAUGGCCAAACAGAGUGCACAGGUGGCUGCACAUUUUCAUUGCCGGGAGACUGGACGACUGGUCACGUCGGACCCCCCCUAGCUUGCAACAUUGUAAAACUUGACGAUGUUGCUGAAAUGAACUACCUUGCAGCUAACGGGGAAGGAGAGAUUUGCAUUAAGGGGCCAAAUGUAUUCAAGGGUUACUUGAAGGAUCCUGAGAAAACUGAUGAAGCUAUUGACCGAGAUGGGUGGCUUCAUACUGGGGACAUUGGGAAAUGGAUGCCGAGUGGUGCAUUGAAGAUAAUUGACAGAAAAAAGAACAUCUUCAAGCUAGCUCAGGGAGAAUAUAUUGCACCUGAAAAGAUUGAAAACAUCUACCUCAGAAGUGCCCCUGUAGCACAGGUCUUUGUGCAUGGAGAUAGCCUACAGUCAUUCUUGGUGAGUGUGGUGGUUCCUGAUCCAGAGACCCUUCCAGAGUUUGCAGCAAAGUUGGGAGUUAAAGGUUCGUUUGAGGAACUCUGCAAAAAUACAGUGGUGAAAAAAGCUAUCCUGUCAGACAUAACCAGGUUGGGGAAAGAAGCUGGCCUCAAGUCAUUUGAACAAGUGAAAGAUCUCUACCUCCAUCCAGAGAUGCUCACAGUUGAAAAUGGACUGUUGACCCCAACACUGAAGGCAAAGAGAGCAGAAGUAUCCAAAUUCUUCAGAAGUCAAAUUGAUGCCAUCUAUGCUGCUAAUAUGUAGUUAGGGGGCGGGGAGCCUCAGCUAAUUGUAUUUACAGUGAACUGUGAAAGCACUUGGUAGGCCCUAAACAGCUGAAAAAUGAAGGACCUGAAUCAACUAAGUGUCCUUUCCUCUUUAAAGAAAAACAUGUUUGGCUAAGGUAGCAACUAGUUGUGGUGAAUCUUGUGUAAUAUACUACGUUGUUCAAAUGGAACAUGCCAGACUUGUAUUCAGAGCAAAGCUGCCUUUCUGCCUCAGUGACUACUGUUGUCCCUUGUGAUUUGUAUAAAUCUAAAUGAAAUGGGAAGAACUUGAUGAUAGUUGCCGUAUGUGGAAGAUAGUAUGGGAAAGUAUUUAAGACGUCUCUUAAAACUAUUGAUGAUUCUAACGGCCAUAAUGAGAUUGUAUAGGACCAGUAUGCUUAAACACUAACUUAAUCUAAUCGUACUGAAAGGCUCUGCCCCAUGUAAUAUAGUCUUGAUUUGUACAGUCAUUUACUCUAGCUUUGUAUAUGCUUUUGGAGAAAAAGCCAUGAAUGCCAUCCUUCUGUGGUGGGUGCUCAAAUGCCUCAUUGGCAAUAAAUGUACUUAAUGCCUAUUUUUUAAAGUCUGGGUAUCCAAAUUCCGCUAAGGCGCAAACUAUUCCUGCUGGCUGAAAAUGUAUGUGAAAAAUAAACUGAUAGCACUUUCUGAAA